CUAGCCACAGAAGCUUUCGAUGGGACGGUGAAGUUGUGGGAUAUCGAAACGGGACCACUGCUUCAUCUCAACAGUCACACCGAUCAAAUUAUGAACAUAUCAUUCUCUCCAGAUUGUGUAUACAUUACCACCGUUUCGUAUGACAAGAGAGUCCGAGUGUGGGACGCUUUCACUGGAGAGGCUAAAUGGCAAUGUGAAGGACAUCAGAAGUGUGCUACCGACGCGAAGUUUUCGCCGGACUUGAAGUAUAUUACCUCAAGCUCGUGGGACCUGACUAUCAAAGUUUGGGAUCUC